AUGACAAACACGAAGAGAUGUUGCAGAAAUCUUGAUCUAAACUAUACGAUUUAUGGAGGGCGGUCGAAGGAAAAUUUUGUAGGGCAGAUGGAAAUGUUGGAAACAGAAGCGAAGAAUUUAGAUGCCAAGACUAUUGUUUGGAGUGAGCAGAUAAAAAAUUUGCUAGCCGCAGCAAAAACCUCUGGAAAUCCUGUUAUUCUUCAACAUCCUAUUUUUGCAGACUUUUUUGAGGACUGUGAAAUCAUAAUACCGAACAAUGUCGACUAUAACUUUGUCCUGGCAGUAACUGAGUCGAUUGCAGAUAUGUAUAAAGAUGAAGAUACAAGAGGGGAAAAUUUAAACGAUAAUUCCAAGAAUAUUACAAUAUCAGCCUUAAUCAAUGCACAAACAAAACGAUAA